AUGACCGUCGUCUUCGAGGCCGAUGAUCAGCAAUCUGAGUCCUCAGAGUCUUCAGUGGAGGGGCCAGAGGAGGAAGACAUUGUCAUUCCACGGGAGCCCCUAGAGGAAGAUCAGGAGCUUCGGCUACACAUCCUGGGGAUGACUGGAUUUUGGACCAGUUCUAUCGAGACGAAUUUCGCAUCGAAGCUCUCCGAGCUACCAACGCACUGGUUGCCACCCGGCACAAUCCGAAUGUUGUACCACAAAUUUCAAUUGGAGUGUCAAGUCAAAGAAGCCAGCUGCAGCUACGGGUAUUUUUGGAACACGUUCCGUUCCCAUUGGCAUAACCUUCUGCGAUUCCUUCCACGCUCGACGCACGGCACGUGCGAUGCGUGCGCUGCGUUCAAGUCCCGGUUCAAGAAAGCAAUCACUCCAGCAGACAAAUUUCAAAACGCAACGGCUUACAGGGCUCAUCUAGACGAAGUUGCCAGAGACAGGGAUCUUGAAGAGUUCUUGCAAACUGCCACGCCACUUACAACUCCAGGAUCCCCAUUGUGCAUGCACUGGGACGGUAUGGAUCAAUCCAAGUGGCGAAUACCAAGAUAUCAUGGCCAGCG